GGAGCGGCGGCGGCGGCGGGCGCGUCCCGGAGGGAUGUCGGGGACCCGCUGCCAGGCGCUGUACCCCUUCUCCGGGGAGCGGCACCGGCAGGGGCUGCGCUUCGCGGCGGGUGAGCUGAUCACGGUGCUGCAGGUGCCAGACGGCGGCUGGUGGGAAGGGCAGAAGGAGGACGGGCUGCGCGGAUGGUUCCCGGCCAGCUACGUCCAGCUGCUGGAGCAGAAACCCCGAAAGGCAACUCCUCAGCCAGGAGAAGACACCUUGAACGGGCACCUUCCCCCAGGCUGGCAGAGCUACAUGUCUCCCCAGGGUCGCAGGUACUACGUGAACACCUUCACAAAUGAAACGACGUGGGAGCGGCCGAGCAGUGUGCCUGGCACUCCCAAGAGCCCUGUGUCACAGAAGAGUUCUGCAGUGAAUGGCUACUACAUCUCUGGGUCCCCAGUGCACCAGCUCGACUCAGGUCACACCAGCCUCCGAAAACCCAGUGGGGACCCCCAGAGCCCGGGCUCCCCGGCGGCGCCGCGGCGGCAGAGCAAGGAGAGCAGCCUGACGAUCAACUGUGUGACUUUCCCCCACCCUGACGUAAUGCCAGAGCAGCAGUUGCUGAAACCUUCAGAGUGGAGCUACUGUGAUUAUUUCUGGGCAGAUAAGAAGGACUCACAAGGGAACAACACAGUGUCAGGAUUUGAAAUUCUUCUUCAAAAGCAGCUUAAAGGGAAACAGAUGCAGAAGGAGAUGGCAGAGUUUGUUCGAGAAAGGAUAAAGAUUGAGGAGGAAUAUGCUAAGAACCUGUCCAAACUGUCUCAGAAUUCCUUGGCUGCUCAGGAAGAAGGCACACUGGGAGAAGCCUGGGCUCAGCUCAAGAAGAGUUUAGCUGAUGAAGCAGAGGUUCAUCUCAAAUUUUCUUCUAAGCUCCAGAGUGAGGUAGAGAAACCCCUGCUGAACUUCAGGGAGAACUUCAAGAAGGACAUGAAGAAGUGUGACCACCACAUCGCGGACCUGCGGAAGCACCUGGCCAGCCGCUACACGGCUGUUGAGAAGGCCCGGAAAGCCUUGACAGAGAGGCAGAAGGAUCUGGAAAUGAAAACGCAGCAGCUAGAGGUGAAACUCAGCAACAAGACAGAAGAGGAAAUCAAGAAGGCCAGACGGAAGUCCACCCAGGCAGGGGAUGACCUGAUGCGCUGUGUGGAUCUUUACAAUCAAGCCCAGUCCAAGUGGUUUGAGGAGAUGGUGACCACCACUCUGGAGCUUGAGAGACUAGAAGUUGAAAGGGUGGAGAUGAUUCGGCAGCACCUGUGCCAGUACACACAGCUGCGGCACGAGACAGACAUGUUCAACCAAAGUACAGUAGAACUUGUGGAUCAGUUGCUUCGGAAAGUGGAUCCUGCCAAAGACAGGGAACUGUGGGUAAAAGAACACAAAACUGGAGAUAUCCGACCUGUGGACAUGGAAAUAUAGACUGAUCUGUGCUUGGAUGUGAUGAGUCCACUGAAUUUAGCAGGCUAACGUUUGUUUUUAAGGGUCAAAAGAGCAUAGGGAAAAGGUUGUUUCACUACCAGACAGACACCUUGUAAUUUAUGCCUGUAUGGGCUAUCUCUGUUCCAUUUAGUCAUUACAAUGGUCCUCGUUGUGCUCAGCCUUAAGCACCAGACAUUCCAGGGUGAGAAAAACCAGAUGUGUGCUUCCCACCAGAGGUUCCCAAUUGCACGCAGCUUCCAGGAGAAAUCUGCUUCCUGGCACAGAAAGUGCCCUGUUCUCCAGUGACUUUGUGCUCCACCCCUUGCAUGACUGUCUCUGUAGAGUAUGUUAGAACAAGCAGGCAGAGAGCCUCUGGCCAGCAAGGAGAUAACUGAACACCAUGCAGGAGGCAAGGAAGUCCUGAUCACCAACCCCAGGUCUGUCACUGACUGCUCUCAUGGCCAUAGGCAAGUCAAUUAACUUUCCUGGCACCCCAUUUAUAAAAUCUGUGGAUCCUGCAGCAAUGUUGUGUGGAUGCAUUGCUUUCCUACAUAACGCUGUCUUUCACCAUGGCAGUGAGGUGAUGGCCCUUCUCCCAAACUCUGGGGAGAAGAUUCCUGUUCUUCCUGUUUUAUACUCCCUCUCAGGGAUGCAUAAACCCAUCUUCAUGAGUUCUGUUGUCGGCCAGUCUUUGGUAAGUUUGAAAGUGUUACCAUCACAGUUUUUAAUCAGGAAAGACUUGGUUGUACUAUACCUACCUCAUUAGCUGUCAGAGUGCCCUCAAUGACAGAAGGAGGUCGUAUUCCAAGGAAUAAAUGAGAUGUUUAAAAUCUUUCCUGCUCAUGCAAGGUGUUUUUCCACAGAAUCUCCUUAAAGACAGCCCUCUAACAGUUUACUUGGGAUUCAGGUUUAAAUUUCCUUUGUUGGUUUCUUCAGGUGAAUAUCACAGACUUUAGGUAUUUUUAAUUACUGGGUUAGUCCCAUUCAGUUUUGGCUUUUAUCUUUUUGGAGCCUGAUUUUCAAAGGUGCCAUGAAUAUGUGAUUGCUUUCAAUGUAGUUAUAGGUGCCCAUCACUUCUGUCCCAUCAGAGUUUUUUUCUGUUACCCUUAACUGCAAACCACCAAAAAUUCAACACAGCUCUUAGCAAAUCAUGUUAUGUAGUUUGGAGACUGGUUUUGAAAAGGUAUUUAUUUUCUUCUGCUGGUAUUUCUGAUGGAGUAUUCAGUGUUGCUGUUAAUAUAUUUUUUUCAGCAUUUCAUACAAUGCAAAGAUUCUUCAGAUUCUUGCUUUAGAUCCAGGAGAAAUCUUGAUUCUCACCACUGUGGCCUUUACUCAGUGUUUACUGUGAUCUUAGCUAUGAUAUCCCAAACCACACUCUUUCAUUUGAUGCAUACUUCUGCUCCAUUUUAUCUCACUGUUACUGUCUUUUUCUCCCCAGCCUCAGAACUGCAUCCUUCUUUUGUUUUACUGCUGUUCCAGGUUUUUGUUCAGCAUCCUCCAAAUGCUGGGAUUAGAUCAUUGGGAGUCAAUAUUCCUCCUUACAAAUACAAACUGAGACACAGAAAAGUCUCACCUGGAGCAUGUUUGUGGCCUUGCUGCAGUGGUUAUUUUUCUAGUGUAUUAUUUCUAAAUUAUUAUUGCAUUUUUCUGUUGGUCCCUUUUUUCCAGCCAUCUCUUUACUAGUAGAGGUUCAUUCCUGUCUUGCAAAUGCCUUCACAACCCAUCCUCUGCUGCUUCAUCAACCUUUCCAACCUCCAGCAUCCUUUGCACGUUGGCAGCUGGAGUGCCGUGGCUGCUGCAUGCUCAGAGUCACUGCUCCUCUGUGGCACUGCUGUGCUGCUCCUCCCCUGCACACUUGGCAAUUUGGACUCUAUUCUUGGUGCUGGCAGAGCACUCUGUGCUGUGAGCCUCUCCUGAGCUCCUGCACAGAGCAUUUUGGAGGGCUUGGUUUGCCUGGCUGUCCUUGAGCCUCCCUGGCAUCCUCUUCUCCUUCCUGCUGCCCUCAAGCAGGGCAGUUGGUGAUCUCUCCUUUGCAGUUCCUGCUGAUUCACUCUCUGUCUUACUGAUUUUUAUCAGUGUGUGCUUCUAACUCUUACCUUGCACUUCAGAGGACAGGCACUUUUUCAUUUUUUAAGCCACAAGAGCAGGUUGAACUUUGAGAACUUCAGUAGCCAAAACAAUGUGAACACAUGAAAGCUGCAUUUCAGGUUCCCCCCUGUUCUAGGCUGUGUUGUAAAAUGAAAUGAGCAAUCUUGACAAUGCCUCAGCACAUUCUUGUUUGGAUUGCAAAACAAAGCUAGUUGUGCACUUUACACAGUAUUCUCCUUAAUAAAUACCUGAAAUAAAUUGUUAGCAAUUACACUUUAUUUUUCCUCUUUCUUUAAAAAGUUUGUUACUUUAUCUCUUUUGGACUGGAAGUACUGUCCAUUAGCACAGGUGUCUCUGGGGACUGUAAUGUGUUUUGGUUCCUUUGCCAAGAUGUAUUUAUGCUGCUCUAAAUUCUUAGUUGGAGGGUUUGUGGGUUUUGUUUGUUUGGGGGUUUUUUUUGGGGGUUGUUGGUUUUGUAAUUUUUUUUUCCUUUUGGUUUUAUUUCCAGACAGUUUUCUAGUUCUUGGUCCAUUUGAAAUGUUCCAGGGAUGUGAGCAAUUCUCUUGGUGGAGGCUGCAUCUCUUGUUCACUUCCAUGAGCAGAGGAGAGCACAGGUACCUGGCUGUUGGUCAUUCCCAGCCCCAGGAGACUCUGGGUUCUGCUCCACCACAGGUGAGAUGCUUCACCCACAGCAUUUCCACCUGUGUUCAGUGCAAGUUUUGCUGUUGCUUGUAAACAUUUUUCAGCUCAUUUCUUUCAAAAGAUGAUAUUCCCUCUUGAUGUGACUGUGCAAAACCUGGCUCAUCCCCCCUGUGACUGCUGGAUUUUGGAUAGUGAUGCCUUGCAGGAGCUUACAGAUGCUGGAGUUCCCCUGCUUCUAGCAGGCAGCAUCCUCAGAGAGGGUAGUGGCACAUGUAAAGGAGAGCAUUAGCUUCCUGCUCUCACAGGUAACUUUGGGAGUUUCAGCAUUGCUCUGUCUUUCACUGAGUUUCAAAAAUGCAGUGGAGCCCAGUCUGUCUUCAUGCUCAUCUUAAGCAGCUGCUUCUCCAGAGCAAACUCAGUGUUUUAUAAAACUCUGGCAUGUGUGGGUGCUGCAGUGUAGCUGGCUAAUGGAAUGCCAAGGGAAUUCUCUUACCUCCAGCACUGAGCUUAGGCAUCAUCUCACUUCACCUGGCACCUCACCCUUCUGGUGUGAGCUUUGGCUGCUGUACUCACUGUGGGGAUCAGGCUGGCAGGGUUGUCUCUCCUCUCUGCAUGCUCUGAGGUCACAGAGCAGGUCAGUUUUCAGCUAACACUGUUUGCUUUCACUGCCAGGGGUGAACAAGGGGGUUUCCCUCUGGUCCUUAGCAGGUAGCUCUGCCUGCCCAGAUCUGUUGAGCCACCUGUGUUCUGGGAGUGCUGCCACACCUGUGAGCUCCCUCUUGGCCUGAGUGAUGCUGUCACACUCUUGUCCUGUGCUGGAGGGCUCCUUGGCAUUUUCCAUUUCUGCCAGAGCCUUUUGGCCCUUCUCUGGCCUUCCUGAACUCCAUGGCUUCAGAUCUGUUGGGUGUCUGACCCCAGCAGGGCCAGAGCUGGUGAGGUGCUUUGCCAGCUGUACCCUCAGCUGCCACACAGAAUGAGAGCUUUUUAUUCAUCACCCAGACCUUCCUGCCUGCAUCUUCAAAGCACAAUUGAACAUCUUUCUUUCUAAGGUAUUCUUUCAGCUUUUUUCCUGCCAGAACUCAUUCUGGAUCCAGUGCUGUUGGCUGAUUCCUGCUGGAGUUUAUGAGCUGAAGGCAGUGAGCAUUUUACCACGUGGGCCAAAUGCCCUCUUCUCCCAUUAGUUGCAAGAUUCCAGGUUAGCAAUAUCCCAAAAAAGUCUAAUUCUGAGUUUGCAAUCUGCUCCAGGUUCAGUCAUCUCUGUAUCUCACACUUGUUCAUCACUUCUAUGGCUUGGACAUCUUCUGAAAGGCUUUGGUUGCUCCCUUAUAGGGAUGUUAGUUCAUUAUUGAGCACUGGAAUUGUAGAAGACAGCUUUAAUUUUUUUUUUUUUUUAAUUUUCAAAUACUGUAACAGCAGUGAAAAUCACACAGAAAUCCCUGUUAUGUUUCUAGACUCCCUUUCCCCCUGUGCAGUCACUUCUGAGCUGCUGGGGGGCAGCUGUGCUCCCCUUUAUUGCACAGAUAAACACUGAAAUCACCUUUCCUUGAGUGCCUGACAGGCAGCAUGUAACCUCGUGCACUGCUUCUUUUUCCCUUUAUGCAGCUUUUUCUUUUUCUUUUUUUUUUUCCUUGGGUUGGGCUUUUUUUUCUUUUCCCCAACAGGAAUUUUCUGUGGGGCAUUCACAGGAAACUUCUUUAUGCUUCUAGCAGUCGUAGUUUCUCAGGCUUUGUUGGAACUUCCUAGAAUUGUCCUUGUUUCUCAUGUCAUUAUUUAAAUAUUGGCUGCAAGUUAGGCUUGUCAGAUAGAAAUGGGCAUUCUUCACCUGUUCUUUGGAAGUGCUCAGCACUCAGAGAUUUCUUGGAAUACAGCAGGGAGCUAAGAGAUCAGACUCUUUGAAAAUCAGGCUAACAAACAGAAAUGCACAAGCCACUUUUUUCCUUACUUAUACUCAAGUACAUGGAUAAAUAAAUACGAAGAAAUGAGAAAUAAUUAACAUGUAGCUGCUCUCUGUGCAGCUCCAGCAGUGUUGUUGUGUGGGGCUGCAGUCAGAACACACCUCUGGAGUCUGGAGCCACAGGUCACCUCCUGAUGCAUCUGUAAAAGCUCAAAUGAAUAAUUCAGUGACAAAGUGGCUCUGCCCAUCCAUUUCUUCAUCACACACUGGGAGAGAAAGGGCACUGCUUACCCAGGUGGGUCCUUCACUACCAAGCACCUUAAGAAAUCCAGACAAGCACUUUGAAGGUCCCCCUGGAAUGAGUAGAUUGUGGCUUCUUGAUGUGGUUAUUGGAUGUUUCCUCCUGAGCUGGGAGCAGAUUUACUGUUCCACAGAAUCUCCUGUGCUCUGUCCCUGCUGGGUCUGCUCCCAGAGAUGGCAGCAGUGUCCUGAGGGCAGUCCUGCUACCCUGACAUUCCUCUCAUUGGCAAUCCCACCUUCAAAAGGCAGUGUCAAAAAGGCAGUUUUCAAACUAAAGAGCUGUUCAGUUCACAGACCUCUCUGGAAAGCCUGCAGGCUUUUUGCUCCCCAGUGUGUGCUGAAAAGGCAGAGGUUGCUGAAGCAUUGGCUCUGAGGAGUUGCUGCUGUGUGGACAUUCCUGCCAUCCUCUCCCAGGGAUGGGGAACAGCCCACAGGCAUCCUGUGAGCACCAGAGGAGCCUGCUGAUCUCAUCUGUCUUAACCAGGUGGGCAGGAGCCACAGAUCAAUUCAGAUCAAAGCAGACACACAGGGCAGGGAGAUGGCUCCUCAGUGGCAUCUCUCUCAGACCCUGAUGGGCACUGAUGGGUGAGGAGCCCAGCACUGUCCCAGUCCUGCUCAGCCCUGGCAAAGCAGUGCUGGAGUGUGUCUGUUGCUGGUUCAGAGCUGUCCAGCUCACACCGUGGAGGGCCAGCAGGUGCCAGUGCUGCCCUGGGGACUGCAGAGGGGCUCUGGCUCUUGGCUGCCCCAGGUCAGGUGUGCUGAGCCUGCUGUGCUUCAGGAGCCUGCAGCACACAGCCCUGCUGAGGCACAGUGGGAUGAAGUCUUUCCUGGCAGCAAAUCCUUGUCUUUUCCUGAGAACACUGUUGUAAGAAUAACACCCACUGCUUUGUCUCGAAAUAGAUUUAUUCAUGUGAGUGGUGCAUCUUUCUGCUCUUUAUUUUCCCCUCUCUGUUGUUACUGUAGCCCUUCAUCAGUGAAGUUCAACACCUUUAAUUUUGAAAUUUCAUAGAACACAUCUGUUAUUUCCACGUGCUAACCAAACUUCAUGCUUUUGGCUGUUUUCUGAGUGUUUUAAGAGCUUUUUUGGAGAGGUUAUUUUGGGUUUUAUUUUGGAUUUUUUUAAUCAGUCACCAGGUUUGGAAGUGUAAUAACUUCUUUUUUUGCUGGCUGCAGUUUCUUUUCCUUCCUGAACGUUUUUUUCUGAAGGGACCAACACAUAGCACAAUUCAACUUAAAUUUCUAAUCCCAUGCAUUCCUCAAGGCAGAAACCUUUUGUGCCUAAUGAUGCAUCUGAGUCUAAGAACUGUACAUGGAUAAAAUAUUUCAUAGACCAAUUUUAAAAAAUCUUAGAUUAACCACAUAAUAAUCACAAAAAAAAAAUUCCACAUGUAGAUUUGAGACAUUCAAAUUUAAUUCCCUCAACUUACAUUAAGUUGAACUAUUUCAGGUGUGUCAGAAGAGACAAACUCAGUGGAUAUUCAGAAGAAAAGCUUUCCAGCUGCUCUCUCCAGGUUCAGUGAGUGGACAGGACUAUAAUUUUGAAUAUAUGCAGUCUGUUAGGGCUACUGAUUUAACAAGUAACUGAGUAAUGGCUUGUAUCACAACCCUGAUAAAAUUCUGCUAGUAAAUCCCCUUGAAGUGCCUCUUUAAAUAGUAUCUGCUACAAGCAUGUGAAAAGUACAGAUUUACCCCACAAACUGCCAAAGCUCAGGAGCAGCCACAGUGCACAGAUCUGUGCAGGAUCCUCAGCCCCUUCCUUGCUCUGAACUGUGCACCCUUUUAGGACAGCCACAUCUCCAGGAUUGCCUCUGAGGAUUUGCUGUCCAGCUCAGGCAUCCUAAGUUCUCAAUGCUGAAAAUAGAAAAAAAAUAUCAGAACUUAAAAGCAACUGCAUUGAAACUAACCUUUGGUCUCAGUAGAAUAAGCAGGGAAUUCUGCAUCAAACUAGUAUGCAGUGAUCAUUUUGCAUAAAAGAGUUGUUACAGUUUAUUGCAUAAAAUUAAGUAUUAAUAAUAAUAAUUUUAAAAGCCCACAACUGUAUUUUUGUUACAGCAGUUGCAGAGAAGAAAUGUUCUGGUCCUGAAUGUGAUUUCAGGGAUCUCACAUCUGCUAACAAAAUAAUCAAAGUCAUGUUAAUCCCAGAAUUUGGCAAUGGUUGACCCGAAAUCCCUUUUUCCUGUGGAGGUUUUUGAUGAAAUGGCUGAGAUUAUCAGAAUAGCCUAAGGAAUUUGGAUGUCCAUACUCUUUUAGGUCAAAAACACUCCUUAGGGACAGCAGCCUCUAUCCAUUAGGAAAACAGCAGGUACUAGUGUUGGACAAAAAUGCUUUCUUUUCCUUAGAUGAUUCCCUGUUUUCUGCAACACAAGACAGAGUGAGAAUUCCCCUGUAGCAGCAGGGAUUCACAGGCAGGCCAGACACCAGGCAUACACUAAACCAGAGUUUUCUACCCAAAUUAAGUUGCUUAUUUGGUCCUUUUUGUGUAAGUUUUCCUAAAUACUUCUAAAUUUCUAGGAAAGUUGUCUUUUGCCAGUACUAAUGACUUGUUUUUACAGAUGCUUAACCAAAAUUUUAUAACUUCCCAUAAAUUUUGGCUGACUAGACCCCCUAAAUAGUUUAUUUAUCACACAGCCUCUGUCUGGGUUACUAGUAAAUCUUGGAUCAUUGUGGAAAUUAUAGGAUGGCUUUUUUUCCCUAAGGAUAGAUGAAGGAAUCACUUACUGAACUUAAGUUGAAUGAAGAAAAGAUUUAAGGGGCAGAUCUUCAGCUUGAAUAAACUGGCAGGGUUCAGUGGAAGCUACUUGAUGUCAGCUGUGGAUCUUGUCCUUCAGUGUUGAAGGCAUUUCCUAUAUGUAAUUUUUCUGUCUUACUGUAAAACAAUUUCAUAUGGUUAAACUGUAUUUUCCUAUAUUGUUCUGCAAGUUUAUAUACACCAUAGUGCUCAUCUCAUCUCCUGUAAAAUAAACUGUACAGAGACACAUUGA